ACUGCGGGUUUUUUUUGCCCCUUUCUUGUCCAGGGUCUGGGGGCUGUCACAGCUCAUGUACUCUUGCUGUUCCUUGUCUCGUCAUUCGUUGUUCAAUCCAGGAGCGCCCCACAGGAUCGCUUUCAGAGACGGAACUGGACGCCCCAGGCAAUGUUGUACUUAAAAGGAACACAGGGACGCCGAUUCAUUGCGGAUGAUGGAAACGACAGCGACCUCUUUGAAAAAAUAGAUAUUGAAACUAGGAGCCAAAACACCAACCCAUUAACCCUAUCCGAAGCAACGGCUGUGCUCCUGGCUUCCAUCAGGCAGGCACAACAAGAAGAGGAGAAUGAGGAAAGUGCACGGCAGUAUUUUUGGCAAGAGAACCCAAAUUGGAGAAAAUUACUCUUCUAAACUUUUGACACACUUCUACAAACCUGGAUUUCCCCACAUUCACCCAUUAGAUUUCAUCUAUGUGCAAUGUGACUCUGUACCAAGUGCUUACACAGAAGUAUGUUUGUAAAUU